CUCGGUGACAUUAGGAUCAGUUAUAAUCAGAGCAGAGGAAUUUUGGUAAAAGCAAGACGCCGAGCCUUCACGGUUUACCGCUUGCGUUUACCGGUUACAGACUUUAAAGUCCAUGAUAGCGCAUACACGUAGUUGUAAUUCACACAGCAGCGGGACACCCUGGAAGAGACGGAGAAACCACAGGAGGAUGCCGAGCAACAAGGACUCGAUGUAAACAUUAUUACGGCAAGAUGUGAGAUGAACCGGGAGAAAACGGCAACCGAGGCCAACGACAACAUGUUGGUCCGGGCAUCGCAAGGCCGAGGCCGGGCCAAAGUGACUCAUGCGGUGGUGGUGAUCUUCCUGGAGUUCUUCGCCUGGGGGCUGCUGACCACACCCAUGCUGACCGUCCUCCGUGAGACGUUUCCUCAGCACACCUUCCUCAUGAACGGCCUGGUUCACGGUGUGAAGGGCUUCCUGUCGUUCCUGUCGGCUCCUCUGAUUGGUGCACUGUCGGACAUCUGGGGUAGGAAGUCCUUCCUCCUCAUGACAGUCUUCUUCACCUGUGCCCCCAUCCCCUUCAUGAGGAUCAGCCCCUGGUGGUAUUUCGCUUUGAUAUCAGUCUCAGGGAUCUUCGCAGUGACAUUCUCAGUGAUCUUCGCCUACGUAGCCGACAUCACCGAGGAGCACGAGAGAAGCACGGCUUACGGACUGGUCUCUGCAACCUUCGCGGCCAGUUUAGUGACGAGCCCAGCCAUCGGGGCCUACCUGUCGGCGCAGUACGGGGACAGCCUGGUGGUGCUGCUGGCCACGGUGAUAGCUGUGCUGGACAUUGCCUUUGUCUUCUUUGUGGUCCCCGAGUCGCUGCCAGACAAGAUGAGGCUGACGUCCUGGGGCUUCCCCAUCUCCUGGGAGCAGGCCGACCCGUUUGCUUCCCUGCGUCGUGUGGGGAAAGACAGCACGGUGCUGCUAAUCUGCGUCACAGUGUUCCUGUCCUACCUGCCCGAGGCUGGACAGUACUCCAGCUUCUUCCUCUACCUGAAACAGGUGAUAGAGUUUUCUCCUGCAGCAAUCGCUGCCUUCAUCGCCAUGGUGGGGAUCCUCUCUAUAGUCGCUCAGACUCUCUUCCUUAGUGUUUUGAUGAGGACCAUUGGUAAUAAGAACACAGUUCUCCUGGGGCUGGGCUUCCAGCUCUUCCAGCUGGCCUGGUACGGCUUCGGCUCCGAGCCAUGGUGAGUACAGCCACUGGG